AUGGUAUUGGAUGAGGCGCUGGCGGCUCAAUACGCACGGCGGCAGGAGUUGCUAAAGCAGCUAAAUGAAGUGAACGGCAUCAUCCGGGGCCUGGAGCAAAAGAUGAUGGAAAAUGCUGCGUCAUGCGUGGAUAGGAUACCCAUAGAUGAUGCUGCUGGAAGCGACAGCGACGCAGAGCAGAUGAACUCUCUUCUUGACCGCUGCGUAGAGGAUUCCAAUGGCUUGCGAGACGCAAUGAAGUUUGUCGAUGCCUGCAAAGUGGUGAGAGAAAAUACCUCACAAGACGAGGGUAAUAAGGAAAAACAAUUCUUUUGUAACCGUUUUGUGCAUAAAAUCAUCGCUAGGGCAUCCGUACUUGCGGUUGAUCCAAAUGGAAGUGAACUCCUUCAAAAUGCACUAGGACUGCUGAAAAAUGGAGGCUCUGUAGCUCCCGCAUUGCACUCCACUGACUACAAUGCAAACACUGAUCGUGACAUUUCGGAGGUGCUACUGCUUCUUACGGAGCUGAAAGAUAAAAUACCUGAGAUAUGCUAUGACACAAACGGCACCCGUGUCAUACAGAAACUCUUUGAUUACGUCAAAAGUGUAGAAGAGUUGGAAUUAUGCGCCAAUUGUUUUGCUGAUUCCAUCAUACCACUUUGCAAGGACAUUAAUGGUAGCCAUAGCGUUGCCCGUCUUUUGGCUGCAGCGCGUCAGGUGAAUUUUUGUGACGAAAACGGAAAGAUCGAUGCUGCUACUGAAGAGAAACUAUCGGAGAUUCACCAUACGCUGUAUAAGAACUUUGCAGGAAACUCUGUUGAUGUUUGCCGGAAUCGUCAAGGAUGUUGCAUCAUUCAAAAGUGUCUUCAGUGGACACCAGAGCCGUAUUUUUCGGCCAUUAUUGACACUGUUCUACAAAAUACCCUCAAACUUGUGAAUGAUCCCUUUGGUAAUUAUGUGGUGCAGUUUAUUUUGGACAAUGAGAAGGAGCUUUCGCAACGCUGCCAUGCAGGUCAAGAGGCAACAAACUACACGAAUCAAACCAUAAGGCAGAUGUUGCAUAACGUGGCGGCACUUUCAUGCGACAAGUUUAGCAGUAACGUUAUUGAGAAGUGCUUGAGGACAGUUUCUUCAAAUGUGAGGCAGCUGUUAGUCGACGAAUUGACGGACCCUCAAGUGCUGCCCAAGCUUUUAACCGACAGCUAUGCCAACUACGUUAUUCAAACAGCUAUUGUGACCUCGUCUGUGGAAAGUCAAUUUGAACAGCUGAGGGACUCCAUUAUGCCGCUUCAAAACUUAUUAAGAAAUUCCCCUUACGGCGCAAAGGUUGAGGCAAAGUUGGCGCGUCGACAGCGCGCUGCAAUUCGAAAACCGGAACAUCAAAAGGAGCAGGCUCGACGAAGCGCAGCAAUUUCUCAUUUUCCUGAAAAAGGCGGCCCUGAGAGUUUGUUGACCACCCAACUUCUGCAUGGUAUGCACACGAUUCCAACUUUGGUUGGAUCAGAGGCUCUGCAACAGAACACAGUUGCCUUUUCGAGAAUACCGGAGGAGAUGACAUCCAUGAUGCCGCAGCCACAAUAUAUGCAGGUGAUGUUUCAAGGACAACAGACACUUAUUGGUUUGCAACAAGGCCAUUCUCAACAGCCCUAUCAAGUGAACAUGAUGAAGGAACCUGCCAUGUGGGGCCCUCAGCAAGGCUUCACACUAUUCCAACAACCCAACCAAAGGAAAAUGGACAGGUAA